AUGGGAGUGGAGGAAGGAUCUAUCAAACCUACAUCCCGUCCCCUCACCGGUUUCACCGCCGAGCAUGUUUACAGCUGUGGCACAGUCCGGCUCCCCGUUUAUGUCGGCGGAAUUUCAAAGCUCUUGAAGUUCAUCGUCAUGGACAAACCGGCCAUCUAUAACGCUAUCCUCGGCACCCCAUGGCUCCAUGAAAUGAAAGCUGUCAUCUCGACGUUCCACCAAUGCGUGAAGUUUCCGAUACCCUCUGGAAUUUUCACCUUACGUGGAGAUCAAAGAGUGACGAGAUCAUGUUUCCUUCGCGAGCGCAAGCUCCGCACCGCGUCGUCCUGUAUGAUAACCGAGCCAGUAUCGGACGACGAGACCAACGAGUCCAACGCAAUAAAACGAGCCGCCACGACGCAGAAUGCAGAUCCCCCGAUCCAUCGGCAAAGGAACUCCGAGCCCGCCUGGAAAUCCGACUUAAGGUCCAGCUUUAGCACUAAACACAAGGAUCUCUCCGAUCUAUUCGAGAUGGAGCAACUCGAGGACGAACCGCUACGAAGCUACCUGAACAGAUUCAAGAGCGCGCUGCUCGACCUCAGGGACAUUCCGGGAGCACCCCCAAUCGCGGAACCGGUACUCGUCCAAGCCCUCGGAAACGGACUUCGAUACGAAUCCGGAUUCUGGGAAGAUAUCCGCAUCCGCCCCUCCCCAACUUUGAAGGACGCCUUCCUUCGCGCUGAGAAUUACAUCGCCUCGAGCAAGACAUCCCGCAGCUACGGUUCGACCCCGAAGAUCCUCGGUUCCGGCUAA